GAAGCUCCCCUCGCGGUCCUCGGAAAGUCAGCUCCCAUUUUGGCGGUGGAGGCAGCUGCUGCCGCCAGGCGCGGGGGAUUUCCCUGCUCCAUUAUGCGGCCGCGCCUCUUUAUGGACAGGUCGGAACAAGGGAAAAUGAAACAGUUUUCCAAAGCUCCCUCACCGAGCAAUUCUUUUUCCUGCCAGACGCGUUAAGCGCUGUGCACGGUCUGCUGCAGGAGACCUAGAAUUAAAAAAAAAUAAAAAAAAUGGGCAGCGCAAUUGGUAGGAAAGGAGGGGCGGGUUACCUUUUUUAAGGCGAAGAGCCCCAAGGCUUUGAAGGCCGAACAGAUCGUAUUUCAUAGCGGGGCUGCACGGCCUCCUUUGAGGGUUGCGCAAAAGCCUGUCCGUCCUUUAGCUGGCUGGGGAAUUCUGGGAGUUGAAGUCCUCCAGGCUUCAAGUUGCCAAGGUUGGAGACCCCUUUAGCGUGAGGGUUAAUCCUCGGGGUUUAUUCCCAGCAAUAACUUCGAGGUGGAGAAAUUUUAAGAGUUCGUGUAGGGGUUCUCUGGGUUUGGGGAUUGUAUUUUGCAAGCAGGGGGUGUUGCACUAAAUUGCGCUAAGGAUACGUGUAAUGCAAUGAUUAGUAGAACUAGCUUAGUACUUUUUCUCUACUGUUGUGAUGAGGCUCGUGCUGUAUGAAGCACACGGUAAAAGCUUUUUGCGACUUGGGCUAUGAAAGAAAACUCGUUUUCCUUAAAACACUUUAAUGUUAUUGAACAUAGCAGUUAAAGAGAUAGAUAAUACAAAGUAAAAAAAAAUAAAAUAAAAAGAGGAAUUAGAAUGUGCAACGAAGGAAGGAAAUGUUUAAAGAAAUGACUUCAGCUUUAUAAACUAUAGUUUUAGUAAUGAAAGGAUUAGAGCAUACACAGAGUGUAACCUAAUUCAGCUUUUGUUAAUUGCUGUUGAGAGACGCCCCAGCCUAACUACCGUGCCAACUGCAUUAGAUAAGACUUCUAGGCGAAUUGCCAAGCUUAGCCUAGCAAAGAAACUUUUUGUGAAAAGUAAAAAGUGGAUUCUGCCAAGUAACCUUGCUUUUAACUUGAAAUGUGGUUUCAGCAUUCCCUAACAAAGUUCUGAUUUAUAUGCCAGAAAAUGUAUUUCUUUCCCCUUCUAAAAUCUAUUGUUUUCAGAGCACUGAGAAAAAUAGUGAAAUUCUCAUGAUAUGAAAUUAUGUUACUAUAGAAAUGACCUUCUGUACAAGCUAUGUGAGCUAUAAGAUGUUUGGAAAAGUUUUUUGGGCACGCGCUUUUCUCUCUGCCUACUCUGUUAAGGUGAGAGACAAAAGGCUGUCCAGUCUUUUUGCUUUCUGCAGAAAAAAAAAAGCUGAUUAUCAGUAACCUCCUGUUCAGAGUUUCAUUGGAAUUAUCAGAUUCUGAGCUGAAUUCAAAAACCUUACAAUAACUUAUCACUUUCUCUACUGUUUCAAUGGAAAAUUUCCCCAUAUCUCACUUAAUUUCUGUAAACAAAUCCUUACAGCAUCGUUGGUCAGUCCUGGUCAGCAAAAGUAUUAUUAUGGAUAACAUACAUUUUAACCUUACUCAAGGCUUUGUAGUCCCAAUUUAAGGCUGUGGUGUAUAAACCCUUUAAUAUAUUGCCCAUUUAAAUAUUGUUCCACUUUUAAAGAAACAUGUUUUUCCCUUCUUAGCCAAGACAUUUGUUUGUCAUAUGAGAACUUGCUUUUUUGGCAGGUACACAGUAGAUAGGGUAUUCUGAAAGUCCUUGAAUACAUUUUCAAGUUUUAAGAAAGAUACAAACCCAGCUGGCAAAGAGUAAGGUAACCCAUAAAUUUGCCACUAGCAGAAUAUUUUCUAUGUUUCUAAGUGAGAAAUUGGUUAAGUGAAUUUUGCCCCAUUUUGUGACUUUUCUUACCACAUUUGUUAAGUGAAUCAUUGCAGUUGUUAAGUUAGUUACGCAGUUGUUAAGUGAAUCUGGUUUCCCCAUUGAUUUUGCUUGUCAGAAGGUUGCAAAAGGUGAUCCCAUGACCCCCGGACACUGCAACCUUCAUAAAUAUGACCCAGUUGUCAAGAAUCCGAAUAUAAAUCGUGACCAUGGGGAUGCUGCAGAAAUUUAUGAAAAUUAUGACAAAUUAACUGAGCAAAUUAGGAAAGAUUUGGAAAACUGGACAAAGUUGCAGAUUUCAUGGAUGGGAAGAUUGGCAGUAAUAAAAAUGAACAUCUUGCCCAAAAUUUUAUUCCUCUUCCAGACUAUUCCGAUAAAAAUGGGGAAAUUUUUUUCUGACUUAUUAAAUAGAUUAACCACAACAUUUAUUUGGCAAGGAAAGAAGCCUAGAAUUAGGUUAAAAGUAUUACAAGAUACCCGAGAGAGAGGAGGAGCCGCCCUCGCAGAUUGGGAGACCUACUAUCAAGCAGCAGGAUUAGUUUGGAUAAAGGAGUGGAUGGAAUUGGAAAAUAAAAGGCUGCUAACAUUAGAAGGACAUGAUCUAACUAUAGGGUGGCACUCAUAUUUAUGGGGAGGAAAACAAAAUAUUUAUGGAUACGUUAGAAGGCACACAAUUAGGAAUUCUUUAGUAAUAAUUUGGAAUAAAAUUAAAAAACAGCAUUAUAUACAAAUCCCGUCUUGGAUUUCCCCUGGGGAAAUGGGGGGGUGGGGAACCUCUCCUCGCUGUCCUCGGAAAGCCAGCCCCACUUUUGGCGGUGGAGGGAGCUGCUGCCGCCAGGCGCGGGGGAUUUCCCGGCUCCAUUAUGCAGCCGCGCCUCUAUAUGGACAGGUCGGAACAAGGGAAAGACGAAAAAGUUUUCCCAAGAUCCCUCGCUAAGCAAUUCUUUUUCCUGCCAGACGCGUUAAGCCCUGUGCACGAUCUGCUGCAGGAGACCUAGAAUUAAAAAAAAAAAAAAAGGGCAGCGCAAUUGGUAGGAAAGGAGGGGCGGGUUACCUUUUUUAAGGCGAAGAGCCCCAAGGCUUUGAAGGCCUAACAGAUCGUAUUUCAUAGCGGGGCUGCACGGCCUCCUUUGAGGGUUGCGCAAAAGCCUGUCCGUCCUUUAGCUGGCUGGGGAAUUCUGGGAGUUGAAGUCCUCCAGGCUUCAAGUUGCCAAGAAAGCUUGGAAGAUGCCAGAAAUAUUUACAGCUGAAGUUUCUGAUAAUUGUCAUUGCUUGACUCCUGAGAUCACAAGUACGUCUCCUGGAAGCUCUGAUGCAGAGAAUGAGAAGAAUGCUGGUAAAAACAAAGCGGUCAUACACAAAGGCCAAAAAUUCGCUGUAGCUGUAGCUGUAGCUGUUGUAAUCGCAACUUUGAUCCUUGUUAUAAUUGUAUUGUCUGUUUACAGCACAAAACCGUGUUUGCCAUGCCUUUCCACUGUAAGUGCUGCCUGUCCUGAUUUCUGGAUUGGAUACAGAGGAAAAUGUUUCUACAUAUCAAAAGAUGAAAAGAAUUGGUCUCUCAGUUUAAAGACUUGUUCUUUAUUUAAUGCAUCCUUGGCUGUGAUUGAUACACAGAAGGAAUUGGAUUUUUGGGUAGAAAUUUUCCAUCCUUUACAUUAUUGGUUUGGUCUCUCAAGGGAAAUUAAGCAGGUCUGGAAAUGGUACAAUGGUACAGAGUUUAAAAACCAGUUUGCAGUGCGAGGAGAAGGUUUCUGUGCUUACAUGGACGGAAAAGGGGCCAGCAGUACCAUAUGCUCCAUGGAGAAACGUUUUCUCUGCAGCCGGCCAGAAAGUUGUAGCAAGUCUGGAUAAUGCAACCUCAUCGAAAGAAGGGAGCUCCUGGCUUGACCGGAGUUUAUUAGAGAAACAUGUGUGUAUAUAAUGUAUCAUGUCACACCCAGAUUUGUUAGUUGCUACCUCGACUUUAGUUGUAAACCUGAGGAUCCAUCUUCAGAUCCUAACUUAACAAAGUAGUUCUGUUUCUUAUCUGAGUCUAGGACAAGUAGCUGUGGGUGACUCGCCCUGGCCAACUUGCCACAGCUAACGCACCACAGGACAAUUCAAUGCAAGAUUUACACAAGGGAGAGAGAGAAGUGAAUUGCAACAGGCCUUGUCUUGUUUUAAAUUUGAACCUUCUUCUUUAAGUUUGAAGUUGUCGAGGCUGGAGUGAGCUGCAUUUCUACUUGUCCCUCUCUUGAGUUAUCCCAUGUUGAAUUGUUCUACAGAUUUAAUUUUUGCUUUUCUAGGCAAAUUGCUCCCAAGCUCUCUGCACUCACAUCUGCUCAUAGCUUUGGGAGAAAGAAUUUCUUUCUUUUUAUGUUACAUUAAUUUUUAUUUAUACACUUUUUUCACCAUAGCAAAUGUAAAGUUAGAUGUACUGUAAAUAGUAUGUUACAAUCCUCAUUAUGAGCCCUUCCUAAAAACCUUUUUAUCUAACUUGCAUUUUAAUUCAACACUUAUUUCUUGACUACCUGACUUAUUUUAAUGAUCACUUCGUACAAUCUGUAAUUUUAAGAUACUUUAUUUUCAUAUUUUAUUUUAUCCACUAUCCACAGCCGGAUCAGGAAUUCUGGGAGUUGAAGUCCACAGGUUGUAAAAGAGCCACAUUUGCCCACCCCUGUCCUAUUGGAUUUGUUAUUCGACCAGCUUCUGUAUUAUAUUACUACUGUAAAGUUUGCCUUGAACCGCGAUUGCUUCCUGUUGACUUCAUGGACACAUUCAUGCAGGUUGUGUAUCAGGACUAUGGUAGCGAUUUGUCUUCUUCCAGGGUGUUACAAUCUGUGCCGAUUGGCCUGGAUCCCUAAUGGUGGCUUGUCAUACUGAAGGUGGUUAAUGCGCUGAGGAAAGAUUCUGCCUCUACACUCUGCCUUACUCCUUUCCUUGCCAUCUUUGUUAACUUUAAAGUUUAAAGUCAAUAUUAUUUUUAUAAUAAUAAUAUUAUUAUUAUAUUAAUAUUAUUUGUGUUUUUAAUCUUGAUGUUUGAUUAUUGUUUGAUGUAGUUGGCGUUUAAAUUAUAUAAAUAAUAAACCUAUAAUUCUUGCAUUUCCUGCACUAAACAGUGUUUUGAAUUGUAUUUGGAGAGAGGAGAGGUGUUAACAUGGCAUCUGCCUGCAACUCAUUAAAGCAGCUGCUUCCAUUUUCAGCACUGCAAAACAAAGCAUAUCCAAAGCCCAGCAUAACUGAAAUGUUCACCCCAUAUAAAGAAAAACAAAAAUGAGGACACAUUUUGAAAUCCAGGUCGUAGCCUCACAAAGGUGAAUGAUGAGAAUUAGCAUGGAGCAGUGGUUCAGAUGUUGAAUUCUGGGUGAGAUAUCCCAGUUCAAAUCCAACCUCCAUUACAGAAAUUCAUGAUAGGAGCCUUACUCUAAGCCCAACAUUGUUCACAUGAGUGUUACUGGGAAGAUUUGAAGGAAAAACCUUUAUAUAAACUGCCUUUCCAGAAUGAAAAGAUGCUUUGCAAUCUGAUGCUGUUGUCUUCAUAAUUAAAUAACAUAAAAAUGUAGGAAGAACUCAACCGUGUUAAACUUAUGCAAGGCAUUGAAGUCCCCUCUGUUCCCUCAAGCAUUCAGGUCAGUGGAGGGUGAGGGGGGAGAGAUGUGAGAAGAAUAAGAAGAAUAAGAAUAAUUUUAUUUCUAUACCGCCCUUCUCCCAAAGGACUCAGGGCAGUGUACAGCCUGUUUAAAAACACAAGACAAACAUCAAUUUAAAAUAAUUAAAAAUAUUAAAUGGAUUUGGCUCAAUUUAAAACCCCAGCUCGGCUACUAUUGAUGUUUACUAAUUAAUAGUUUAUCUUUGGGCAUGUUUUUUGGGGGGGGGGGCUGGUUACAUUUUAGAUGGUUGGUUGUUUUUAAUCUUGUAAACCACCCAAAGUCAUUUAUAUGAGAGGUGUAGCUAUAUUAAUGAUUAAAAUAAAUGGAUCAGAUUGGAAGGCCAACUACUAUAAUCAAUUGUUUCCCCGGAUGCUUCGAGGAAGCUCACCUUUCAUGAUAGACUAGAAGGAGCCUACAGGUAAUCCUUGUUAGGAAAUGACUGUUACCUAACUGGUUGGGUUGGCAAUAUAUAAACCAUCAAUAUAUGUUUGUAUCAAAACUGUAUUGUAUAGCUUUAAGACUAUUGCUGUAUUGCAUCAUACUGUGUCCUGAUUGGCUAGCUCUGUAGCCAAUGUCCUUAACAGGGAGCUAGAAACAUGGUUUAUUCUCUCUGCUGCUCUCUGCUGCUUUUUGCUGUUCUUGCUACUGUCUGCGAAACCAGAAGAACUGUGUAUGACUAAGAUGUAUGGUAAGAAGACCUUGUUAUUGGAAUAUCUCUGGACUGACAUUUUGACUAUUUACUGCUUUAUCUGUGUAUGAUUUGGACUGUUUAUUGGACUUUGCUUUACUUUUUCCUAAAAGUAAAUUAUAUCACAACUCAGUG